CCCACACCUAUUUCUAAAGUAAUUCUCAAAUGCAGUGUCAGUCAUGAAUUGAAAGACUCAUUGUAAGAGACUAAGAAGCUAAAACAAAAGAAUGUCCCAAAAACUCAGCAGAGAAUGGUGAUACGGUCAGAAAAGAGGAUCCUGCUAGGGCUGGAUAGUGCUUUUCUGAGGCCAACGUCCUUAUCCUGGGUAACCUUCUGAGAUACCUUCUGGUAUCCGAGGUUCUGGCAGCUGUGGUCAGAAAGGUAUUAGCAAUCUCUCUCUCCGCCUUCCCCUCAAGAAGGCUCUGGGACACAGGAUGCACAUAUUACCAUAUAAAGCAGGAACUGGAGGUGGGGACUAGCUGUAAUUAGGAUACAAAGUGAGAACUGGAAUUGAGUCCGGCGUAUAAAUAGUGCGACUCAGAAGGGCUUUGUGUGCACCCACCACCAUCGCAGACAGAACAGGAACUGGACCAGAGACAUCGCUGGAACCCAGGGUGGCUGUCAUCUGACAUCUACAGCAACAACUCCAAAUUACAGAAACACUGCUGAGAUGGGGAAAAUCAUCAUUUAUGAGCACGCCAACUUCCAGGGGCACUCCAAAGAACUCACCAGAGACGUUGCCAAUCUGACAGAUGUAGAUUGGAAUGACUGUAUCUCCUCAGUGAAAGUAAUUGGACAGCCUUGGGUGGCUUAUGAGCACAUUAACUAUACAGGCCGGUUACUGGUAUUUGAGGAGGGAGAGCAUAGCUUUGUUGGUAAAGAGAUGAAUGACAAGAUCACUUCCCUGAUGUUGAUUACUGAAAAUUUACACAAUCCACAGAUCACUAUCUAUGAACAUAACCAAUAUCAAGGGAAGAGCAGGGUGAUAACAGAAGCUACCAAUUUGGAUAGGGGUAAUGACAAUGACAUGGCAUCUUCUCAUAAAGUGCAGCAAGGUGCCUGGCUGUUGUGUGAACAUAGCGAUGGAAGUGGUUUUUGCUACAUUGCACGAGAGCAUGAACACCUUCCAAGUUACAGAGCAAUCAAUUUCAAUGACAAGCUUUCAUUUCUGCGUCCCCUUCUCCCUGGAAAGCAUUGUCACUGAUGGAUUGCAAAUUCUGAAGUCCUAAGGGUAGGUGUAGCCCUAGCAAGAAAGAUGGGACCUAGAUCUCUCUGCUUUUUUUUUUUUUUUUUUUUUUAUUUCCCCUUUUGGCAUAGAAAUACUGAAUGGGAGAGGUCUCCUUUAUGCUAUGCUGCUGCUGUGUAUUUCUCAAUCCUGUGUGGCACUGUUCUCCUUCCCCAUGAUCCCAAUGAAUGUAAGAACUAUUGUGUUUAGUUACAUGAAAAAAACCUCAAUGAUAAGAGAUGAUCUUGUGGUGCGUAACCUGUAACUAGCAUUCCAAAGUACUACACCAUGUAACGUGAAAAUGUUGCAUGUUGCUUCUGUUGCUAUAGGCUAAGCACAUAUAUAGUGUAUAACCAGAACUGCUGACUUUAUAUUCUUCUUUACAAUGCUCUUGCUUCACAAUGACCUCUGCAUUUUUUUUCUAUUCCAUUUUGCGUUGUUACCAAUAAAGAAGAUAUU